AUGCCGUCCACACCAUCCAGAACCUCAAAGCGAUCUGCCACCAUGUCGUCCUCGUCGUCCAGACCCUCAAAACGGAGCAAAACCAGCCACAACAGCACACCUCUCCUUGUCACCCGCGUUCAACCACACCGACAAUGUGCUAACCGCCCCCCUCGGUUCUGGCGCUUCCAGGAGCUGCCCGCCGAAAUCCGCAACAUGAUCUACUCCCAAAUCCUCACCAUCCCCACCUCCGCCCACGACGUAGCCCACGUCUGGAAUGAAAAGCCCCGUUUUGACCUCAGCCUUUUGCACGUGAACAAGCAAAUCUCCGAGGAGGCCGCCUUCGUCCUUUAUAGCACCAACACCUUCGUCUUCCUCGAGCCCUGUGAUGAGCACAGAGACUCCCACCCGGACUCCCAGGACCCUGCCCGCCACCGCAGCUGCAGCUGGCUCCGCGCCAUAGGCCCCAGAAACGCCCAGUCUGUUCGCAACUUGCACCUCCGCAUCCGCGCCGAGCGCUUCUCUCAUAUGGAGUCCAUGUCCUACAACCCGGACCUGAUCCUCGAGGUGGCCGGCUUAGCACCGAAACUUACCCACCUCGCCAUCAUCGCCGAGAAACACGCCAUGCAAACCCGCACCAUCCAUAUCCCCGUCCCCACAGGCUAUGGUGGUGGUGGUGAUGGUUCAACAGGACAGCAGCAGACUGGCCAGGCUAUGGAAACGCAUUAUCACCGCCACUGGGACCCUAAUCAUGUCGCGCCCAUCAACACCUGGACGCUGUAUCAGAUGCGCAUCGGCCUGCGCAAGUUUCCUAACUUGAUGUGCUUGGUCCUGGCCGUGUUCCAGCGCUCCGAUACGUUCUUCAGGCCCAUGGUCCGCUUGAUCAACAAGGACAGGCGCUGCAAGAUUCAUGUCGUGACCAGGAGUGCCGCCAAGAGGACUGAUAGGAGCCGCCCUAACUUUUCGACACUCUGGGAUGAGGAGCCUGUGUUGGAUCAGAUGGGCAGGUAUCUUGGCAGGGGAGGGCAGAAGAAGGGUGGCGGCGGCUCCUGUAGUGGCAGCGGGAGUGGCAGUGGUGCUAACGAGGCUGAUGCUACUACUGGUGGUCAGAACACUACUACUGGUCAGAAUGCUGAUCCUGGUGGCCAGAAUGUUGCUGCACAAAAUGAGGAGGAGAGUGAUGAUGAUGAUGACGAUGCUGGUUCGGAUGAUGGUUGGCAGGAUAUCGAGGCUCUUAUCAGUGACAGUGGAGACGAGGACGAAGGCGAAGAAGACGAUAUGAUCAUCUAG